AUGGAUACCUUACUCACAGCAGAGAUCGUAGCCAACUCGCCCCAGUUCCGGCGCAAAUCCUCGAUUUUCGUCGAUGCAAUUCAUGAUCUACCUGAAAAGGCCGAUCUUGCCCCGGCACAGCUAUACAGCACGGAAUCCGGUCGGCUUUUCCACUCGGGCCGGAUCGUCAUCAUCACCGUGGGUUUACCCGCCAGAGGCAAGACGUGUGUCUACCCUAACCAAUUACCCAACGACCUAAUCAAGAUUGGACAUGCUAAUAUUAUUCUAUUAAAAAGACACAUUUCUGUUGCAUUGGCACGAUACCUUCGAUGGCUUGGAGUUAAGACCAGGAUCUUUCAUCUGGGUGACUACCGACGUGCCACGAUUCCAUUUGGUGAGGAUAUGCCUGAUGAUUAUUUCUAUGUGAAUGCAACCGCUUCGUCCGUCCUUCUCCGCCAAAAGAUCGUCAGGAAGUGCCGAGAGGAUAUCUAUCAUUUCCUUAACCAUGAGAAUGGCCAGAUUGCGAUCUACGACUCCGUAAACCCAUUAGCCUCAGGACGACGGUCACUUGCCAAGGAGUUUGCCAAACAUGACAUCGAGACGCUGUUUAUUGAGUCUUGGUGCGAUGAUGAACGAAUUAUUGAGGAGAACGUCCGAAGGGUCAAGAUUUCUUCUCCAGAUUAUGUUUCAUGGAGCCCAGAGGAUGCAGUCAAGCAUUAUCUUACUAGAAUAUCUUCUCGAAUUCCCCAGUUCCAGACCAUGGAGGAGAAGGACCUGAACUACAUCAAGAUGAUCAAUGCGGGAGAGCGAUUGAUAGUGAACAACCGCAGCUUCGGGUACCUUUCUAACCGCAUUGUUUUCUACCUGCUGAACCUCCAUAUCAAAUCUAGACGCACAUACUUUGCGCGGGCUGGCGUCUCAUUAGAGGCAGAUUCCUACAAAGCUGAUGCGUCUCUUUCUGAACAAGGAGAAGAUUAUGCUAAGAAAAUGACUGAAUGUUUGCUUGCUCAUCGAGAGGCGGAAAACCAGACAAAGAUUUCUCAGGGCGAGUCUGGGAACGAAUUGCGGCCUUUGAAGGUCUGGACAUCGACGAGACGCCGUACCGUGGAGACCGCGAGAUACCUCCAUGAGAAAGGAUACAAGGUCCGCCAGCGAUCCCAAAUGAGCCAACUUAACCCGGGAGUCUGCGAGAAAAUGUCAGAGAGGCGCAUCCGAGCCGAAUUCGCGGAUGAGGUCUCCAAGCAUGAGCUGGAUCCUUACCACCACCGCUAUCCUCGUGCUGAGUCUUACCACGAUCUGGCUGUUCGCCUGGAACCGAUCAUUCUUGAACUGGAGCGAGAGCAAAACGAUCUGCUGAUCAUUGCUCACGAAAGCGUUCUCAGGGUCCUAUAUGGGUAUCUCAUGGCUUGUAACGCUGCUGAUAUUCCCUUCCUAGAAUUCCCUCGUGAUGAGAUUAUUGAGAUUAUCCCGGAGAGCUACCAAAACGAGGCACAACGGAUCCAUAUUCCCGAUCUCCCCGAAGAAAUCAUUCCUGCAUCGCCCCAAGACUUGAAGAUUCCAGUGCCCCCAAGUGGGGUUGUCUCUCCGAUGCAAGGGCUAGGAAGUCCGCAGGAUGGUCUGGCGACACCCCAGAGUGGCUACCGAACCCCCAGUGGGAUUCGCACUCCACGUGAACCUGAAAGGCUCUCCCAGCAACACGUCGAAGAUGUUGUUUAG